CGCCGCCGAUCAACUUCCGCUUCCGAAUCAGGCCCCGCCCCCGCGCAUCCCCGCUCUUGCGGCUCGACGCUGGCCGCCUCGUUCUAGUGUCCCAAAUCGUCACCGGCGGACUAAAACUUCGACACAGGACGUCCAGAAUUUGGCUGGACUUUGAAAUCAUUCCUGACGUUUCCGAGUGCGGGAUCAUCCGGUCUCGGUGCAAGUCGGAGCUUCUCCCGAUAGCUUAGCCUAUCUUAGCUUAGCCUACUUUAGCUUCGCUUAGUUUAUGGAUAGCUCGACAGCUUCGGGGCCGGUGAACCAAGGAACGCGUUUGUUGGCGACACAUCGCGAAUAAACGAUCGGGUGCGCGUUGUCUGAAAAUGUGUUCGAGAGGCACGACGCAGUACGAGGAGGAAGUUUGCGCAAGAAAAGAGGAGCAAGAUCGGCGAGCUUUCAAGCAACAUCCAGUUGUGGUCCAUGCAGCAGACGUCGCUAAAGGAGUUCUUCGUCCUCAGCAGCAGGAGCUGCAGUCCCUGCGCGUCAAACUGGAGGAGGAGGAGGAGGAGGAGGAAGAGGAGGAGGAGGAGGAGCCACAGCCUCGUCACGUUAAAGAGGAAGAGCAGGAGGAUGAAAUCGCAGCUUUUCAGUUGACUGACGUCAACGUGAAGGCCGAAAGUGAGGGAGAACACUGUGGACGAUCACAGACCAACGGUCUGGUGCCCCCACUCUCGGAAAGCGACGACGUCACGUCACAAUCUUCUGUUCACGACGAGGAGGAAGAGGAGGAGGAGGACGAUGAUGAGCGCAACAAAGGAAACGUGGCGAGUCACGCUGACAACAAACGGGUGAAAUGUGCUCACUGUGACAAAACCUUUGUCUACAAGUCCAGGUUGAAGAGACACUUGAGAACACACACUGGAGAAAAACCCUUUGCCUGUUCCCUUUGUGACAAAAGAUUCUCACUCAAGGCCCAUUUGACAGCGCACACCACAACGCACACUGGGGAGAAACCUUUUGCCUGCUCAGUGUGCGAUCAAAGAUUCUCCCGAAAGGAACAUUUAACGAGGCACACCAAAAGACAUAAUGGAGAGAAACCUUUCACCUGCUCAGUUUGCGGCAAAAGAUUCUCGGAAAAGACGCAUUUGAAAAUACACACGGGAACCCACACCGGCGACAAGCCGUUUGCCUGCUCGGUUUGCGGCAAAAGCUUCACCCUGAAUUCGCUCUUAACGAGGCACACGCAAACACACACGGACGAAAAACCUUUUGUGUGCUCGGUGUGCGGGAAGCGAUUCGGUCACAAGGGAGACUUAACGAAACACACGAGAACGCACGCGGAGGAGAAACUCUUUGUGUGCUCGGUUUGUGGGAAAAGAUUCACCCUGAAGGAAGGCUUGACGAAACACGCGAGAACGCACAGCGGAGAAAAACCUUGCGCUUGCUCAGUUUGCGGUCAAAGAUUCUCCGAGAAGGCCCGCCUGACGAGACACGCCAGAACACACACGGGGGAAAAACCUUUUGCCUGCUCAGUGUGCGGCCAAAGAUUCUCGGAGAAGGCCCGUUUGACGAGACACGCACGAACGCACACCGGGGAGAAGCCUUUUGCUUGCUCCAUUUGUAGGAAGACCUUCAACCGAAAGACAACGUUGAAAGCGCACGCCAGGACGCACACCGGCGAGAAACCCUUUGCCUGCUCCGUUUGCGGGCAAAGGUUCUCCACCAACGGAAAUUUAACGAGCCACGUGAGGAGGCACGACGGGGAGAAGCCCUUCACCUGCUUGUUUUGUGGCAAAACGUUCAGCGAGAAGGGACUGUUAAAAAUACACACCCGAAAACACACCGGAGAGCAGCCGUUUGCGUGCGCGGUUUGUGGCAAAAAAUUCUCUCAGCGGGCCGAAUUGACGAAACACGCGCGGACGCACACCGGGGAGAAGCCUUUCGCCUGUUCGGUGUGCGGGAAAAGAUUCAACGAGAGCGGACAUUUGACCAGGCACGCGCGGACGCACACGGGCGAGAAACCGUUCGUGUGCUCGCUUUGUGGCAAAGGCUUCACGGAGAACGGCCAUUUAAGGAGACACGCCAGAACGCACGGCCAAGAGCGGACGCUCACCUAACGCCUAAAGACGAUCGUCCGAAGACGCACGCAAGCGCCGCUGACAAGAGCGGCGCUCUCUGAAAUGCAAGAAACGGAAGCCGUGUUAAAACGAGGUCAAAGGUCCCAUCACCUGGUGUCACUCGUCUUUGAUUGCAAUGGGAAGGGCCUCGAAGUGCCCUCUAGUGGCCCGCUGUGAAGUUGCGGCAUUCUCUUGAGGAAACCGACAAGGCAAGUUGCCGGCUCCGACUUGAGUCGGCCAACGUGGUGAAAUAUUGAUCUGCUCUUUGCCUCCACGAGCUCACCUUGACCAUUGGAACCUUCUCAACCCGCCUCUGCGUUUCUCCAGCAUACUUGCUGUGUUUUGCUCAAUGCCGUGCCAACUCGUGAGGUGAAAAAAUUCAAUUUGUUUUUUUGGGGGGGCUGGGGGUAUAAAUAUAUGGUUGUCAUCAAGUUGGCUGUAUUCUUAAUUUCAUCGUUUUUGCUUCAUUAAACAU